AGCGGCCGUCCCCCUCCGCGCGCGGCGCUCCCUGUGCGCCGUGUGUGAGUGCGUGUGUCUCCCUCGCUCCUCUCGCACACGCUCCGGCACUAGUGCAGGCGCAGAGCCCGCGGCUCUCGGUUCGCUGGCUCACUCGCUCGCUCGCUCGCUCAGUCGCUGCGCUCCUGCCUCGCCGCCGCCGCCGCCACUGCAGUCGCAACCGGGCAUGGACCCGCCCGGACGGGACCACGUCGCCACCGCCGCCGCCGCCGCCCGGAGCCGCGCUUCGGGUCCUGCCUGAGCCGAGUCGCGCGCGGGGCCGCCGCCGCCGCCGGCGGGGGAUGGGGCUGCCCGGCAGGCGCGCCGAUCCCGCAGGGGGAGCGCGGAGCCGGCGCGCAGCCUGAGAGCCCUCCCGGAGCAGCCCGCGCCGGGCCGGUCCGUGCGCACCGCGCGCCGCCACUGCCGCCGCCGCCGCCGCCACCGCUCGCGCCUCGAUGGCGCCAUCGCCCCGGUGCCGCUGAGCGCCCCGCGCAGCCAGCCCGGCCCGUGCGGCCGCCCUCGGAGCCCGGCCCGCCGGGGGAGCGGGCCUGCCGCGGAAGCUUCCCCGCGCCCUCCCGCCCGGCCCCGCCAUGGCGCUGCGGCGCCUCCUGCUGCUGCUUCUGCUGCUGCUCUCGCUGGAGUCCCUGGACCUGCUGCCCGGCGCCCACGCCGCCCGCGGCCGCGCCGCCAACCGGACCCUAAGCGCCGGCGCCGCUGCCGUCGGGGGCCGGCGGCCGGGGGGCGCCCUGGCCCGGGGCGGCCGCGAGCUGAAUGGCACCGCCCGGGGGGCAUCCGGCGGCCCGGAAGCGGGCAGCCGGCGAGGGCAGCCCGCGGCGGCGGUGGCGGCAGCCAGCGCGACCGUCACCUACGAGACGUGCUGGGGCUACUACGACGUGAGCGGCCAGUACGACAAGGAGUUCGAGUGCAACAACAGCGAAAGCGGCUACCUGUACUGCUGCGGCACCUGCUACUACCGCUUCUGCUGCAAGAAGCGCCACGAGAAGCUGGACCAACGCCAGUGCACCAACUACCAGAGCCCGGUGUGGGUGCAGACGCCCAGCACCAAGGUGGUGUCGCCGGGGCCCGAGAACAAGUACGACCCGGAGAAGGACAAGACCAACUUCACCGUCUACAUCACGUGCGGGGUGAUCGCCUUCGUCGUCGUGGCGGGGGUCUUCGCCAAGAUAUCCUACGACAAGGCCCACCGCCCUCCGCGGGAGAUGAACAUCCACAGGGCUCUGGCUGACAUCUUGAGACAACAGGGACCAAUCCCCAUCGCACACUGUGAAAGAGAAGCUAUCUCGGCUAUUGAUACCUCUCCCAAAGAGAACACACCGGUGAGAUCCUCCUCCAAAAACCUCUACACCCCCGUGCGUACCGCCAAGCCGACUCCAGGGCAUUAUGGGAAGGAUGCUUACCGAAGUGGAGGACCAGAUCUCCAUAACUUCAUCUCAUCGGGAUUUGUCACAUUAGGAAGAGGACACACGAAGGGUGAUCAUCAGUAUAAUCAUCCGAUUUUAAGCAGUGCUACCCAGACCCCAACACAUGAGAAGCCACGGAUGAACAACAUCCUGACAUCAGCCACGGAGCCCUAUGAUCUUUCUUUCUCCCGCUCCUUCCAGAACUUAGCCCAUCUACCCCCAUCCUAUGAGUCUGCGGUGAAGACCAACCCAAGCAAGUACUCAUCUCUGAAGAGACUAACUGACAAGGAAGCUGAUGAGUAUUACAUGAGGCGGAGGCACCUGCCUGACCUGGCUGCCCGCGGCACCCUCCCCCUCAAUGUCAUCCAGAUGUCACAGCAGAAGCCGUUGCCAAGGGAACGACCCCGCCGGCCCAUCAGGGCCAUGUCCCAGGACAGGGUCCUGUCCCCACAGAGGGGCCUGCCGGAUGAGUUCGGCAUGCCCUACGACCGCAUCCUGUCCGACGAGCAGCUUCUCUCCACGGAGCGCCUGCACUCCCAGGACCCGCUGCUGUCCCCAGAGCGGACGGCCUUCCCCGAGCAGUCGCUGUCGCGGGCCAUCUCGCACACGGACGUCUUUGUGUCCACGCCUGUGCUGGACCGCUACCGCAUGACCAAGAUGCACUCCCAUCCCAGUGCCUCCAAUAACUCCUACGCCACCCUGGGCCAGAGCCAGACGGCAGCCAAGCGCCACGCCUUCGCCUCACGCAGACACAACACAGUGGAGCAGCUGCACUACAUCCCCGGCCACCACACCUGCUACACGGCCAGCAAGACCGAAGUGACCGUGUGACCGGUGGCGAAGGGUCAGGGCCACUGGGCAGGACAGGGAUCUGGAGCAGAGCUUCUAGCCUGGAACCUCUCCCUCCUUGAUCUCUUCUGUUAGCAGUGGGGGUGGCCAGCUUUGUCCAGAAAGCCACACCCCCAGGGACACCACCCUGAUGGCCUGGCCCAGUACGCUCAGACCCGACAUCCAGAGCGAUCAUUCUCCCUCUUCCCACAGAGUUGGCGGUGGGUGAGCGGGGCAAGCCCCUCCCCGCCCCGUGCAGCCCUCCACCACCUUCACGAACUCCCUUCAGUCUCACAUCCCCACCUCCCCUUCCAGGGGACUCAGCCGCAGGUUCUGCCAAGAGACCCUCGCCUGACCCGGAGCCCACAGCUGCCUGGGUUUCCAUUGGCCAGCGGGUGCAGCCAGUGGGCUGACCGAAGAAACAACCUGGUCUCAUUCCUUUACCUAGAACCACAUCACAGAAAUCUUCUAGUGCCUAAAAACUGCCUGCUCGCUCUCUCACAGCCGGAGAGCUGCUGUGUUCAUAAGCACAAUAACGAUUCUCUGCUGCCUGCUGGAACUCUCUGGUCCCUGCCGAGUGGCCCUUCCUUCGCUGACCCCGUAGGGCCCCACCUUGGCCCCUGGCCCUCCCCUCAAUCCUGAGUUCAGGGAGAGCCUCCCCUCCCUCCCCAGUUUCAGCUGGCUGCCCUGCCCUCUCUCCCCUGGGGGGCCAUGCUCCUCCCUGUGCCCUGGCUAUGUUACCCCUGAGUUCUCUGGGGCUUUUGCUCUUGCCCUCCCAGAGAGAGGGUAGCAAUGAGAUGUAGGGACUUUGGAGAUGCCCCCCACAGCCACCCAAUCCCCUGCACACUUCCUCCAGGCCUCUAGGUCUGAGCUUUGCCCGUCACUCAGACCUACCUUUCCUCCCUCCCCUGGAGGCACCUGUAGGAGUCAGGGCGGAGAGGGCCACUGUGAUGCCCGGGGUCUCAGGGGCUGCCCAUUCCCAUAAUCCAAGGCUCUGUCUAUCUCCUCCCAUGAGUUCAGGGCAGGAUGGAGGCAGAGGCUUCUAGAGAGAAAAUACUCAUCCCCCAAGGUGGUUGCCCUGCACCCUGCAUGCUCUUAUCACCCCAUCUGCCCGCCUCCCCUUCCCCCUGCCCUCAGCUCCAUUCCUCCCUCCUGGCUGCAUCUCCUCAAGCAAGGGUACUCCAGGCUGUUGGUCUGGGGGCUGACUGCGCAGCUUCUCACUGCAUCAGUCCCUCACUGCAGGGGGCGCUCGAGUAUGUGGCAGAUGACCCCUGCCCUCUGCCCUGGGAGGCCACUCCACUGGCAGCCCAUUUCAGCCCCAUCUCUGCCUCUGGUCUGAGUGGGGUAGGGUGGGCAGGACAUCAUAGGCUCUUGGGGAGCCUCACAGGGAACCCAGCUGGAUCUACUCCCCCUAAGACCAGAGCCUGGGGCAGCAGGAAGGCGGCAGAGAAGGGGUUCCCCCAUUCUCAGGGCCAGGGCACCUCCCUGGGCUGGGGGGGAAAUCAGCCCCAGACAAAUGAGUGAAGGGAGUGAAGCCCUUCAAUAGGCUUUCACUGCCCUCAGUUCUGCAUGGAUGACCCUGCCAAAAGUGGGGGCGGGGUGGUGGGAGAAGUCCUUGGUGUCAUCCCUGGGAACUGUGAAUCUCACCACGUCCAUGGCCGCAGGGAAAUCCAUGGACUGCCUCCCUUACUGAUUUCACGAAUCCCAAAGCUCUCCCCGACGUGAGGAAACCCUCGCAUGUGUCACAAGGGGAUGAAGAUUUGGGGCUACGAACACAGCCCCGGCUUCCCCCAACUCUGUCCAGGGCAGUGUCCCUGGGACUGUGGGGGUGGGAAGCCAGGGUUAGCUCCUCGCUUUCCUCCCCUACAAACACAUAAACCUUCAAAAGGGCUGGUCCUCAUGGGUUUAUGAGUGUUUGUUUCAGAAGGUGAGGCUCAGAGGAUUGGAAAGGAGGACAUCAGUCUACAGACAGCAGUCAAUCACUCCCAGAAACAAAAAAGCUUGUCUCACAGUUGAGCCCAUAAGCUCAGUACCCUUUAAUCAUCCCACCCCUGGCCAGUUCACAUUCAGGCUGCCUGUUAGUGGGGAGGGGAAAGGACCGGACAGACGUAGGUGGGAACUCCCUCCCCAGGUAGCUACAGGCGUACACACCGAGCCAGAAGCCUGAUCUCAUCCUGCACCUGCGUCAUCCGAAUGCCAAGUUCUCCUGCCCUCCUACUUUCCCCAGGCUGCCUCCCACCUCCACCCUGUCUCUGACAAGGUGUCUGUCUGUCUGUCUCAGGGGUUGUUUGAUAGGUUGAUUCCAAAAGAUUUCUCAUUCCAGCCUUACCACUGUCUGGUUGAAAGUCUCUGACAUCAGUUGGAUCAGAAAAUUCUACUAGAAUGCUUUUAAAGCAUUCCUUCUGCUUCACCUUUAGGUCUAGAAGUCAUGAAUGGAGGGGGAGGAAACAGGGAGAAGUCUACAAACUUGCUCUAAUUCAGUCCCCAUUUCAAAAUCCAGCGAACUUUCUUAACUGGGACAUGGAUACAAAGAAUAUAUAUAGAGGGCCUGGUACCAUUUGUGGUUUCCUGCAUCUUGGAAUGACUGUCUCCUAUUUAUUCAGCCAUCCCACCCAUCUUUAAGGAACCAGUUCACACAGCCUGAUAAGAGAGGGUUCUGGGGCUGGAACCCAGAUGUUGUGACUUCCGGGCCACGGGCCUCUGCCAUCCUGUCCCUGGAAUAAAGCCCCCUCCCCCUUAGCAGGGGAAGCUGAAAGCCCAGGGUCUCACUCUACUCCUUCUGUUCUUUCUUGCAUGCCUUCACUGCCCAGAUAGGAAUGGACCAGGGCAUGCACAGGUUCUCUCCUGCCCUGAGAGGUCUUCCUGUUCUCUUGGUCUGUGGUGGCUGUGAAUCUCCCAUCAUCCCUUGUGCUCUCGUACCUCUCCUGCUUUGCUUCCUCCAGUUAACUCCUGGCUCUAUGCCUUUGUGAUUCACCAAGGGCAAGAAUUCCUCCUAACCAGGUGUUUGCCCUCAGAGCUCCCCUGUGUCUUGGAUGAUAGGUUUACCCUUUGAAAAUUCCCAUCUUUCUCCGUAACUCAAGUCUCUCCCGCAACCUCCUCUUCCCAGUCUCGCUCGGAGAAACUCCUGUCUCAACAUCAGUCUUCUAUGCCUGUCUGUUCUUCUCUUCCACCUCCAUUUACCUUCCUCCAUCCCUAAUUGUCCCUGAUCCUGCUGUUCUCAGUGUCAAAGCUGUCCGUGAAACCAGUGAAUGAAUCAGACCCUCCUUAGGGCUUCUGGUUUCACUGCAUGGGUUUAUCCUUUACCUCCUGCACCUAUGAGAGGAUACUCCAGGGCAGGGAACCAAGGGCUCUCCCACUUUAAUCCUUGGGAGGGAAAGGAGAGAAGCUGCUGGGUCAGGGGUGUCACAAACCAAAAAAUCAGCUUUGGUGGCUGCAGUUGCAAAUCCCCCUUGAAGCCCCUGACCCUUGGGGACUCUUGGCCUCUGCUCUCAUUCGCCUCCCCCUUCUUGCUUGCAUGCAUCACAGAUGUCCCUUUGUCCCCAAAGAGUUGAGGACCUCAUGAACCUCCAAGCACGAGGGAAUAUUCAUCUCAACAUCCUUGCCACCAUACACAGUCCAUUUUCUUCUGAGACACCCUGUCUGCCACCACCAGCCUCCCAUUCUCAGAUUACUUCCACAGGCAUCUGUGGACUUGACCCAAGGUAAUAUGAAAGGGCUGUCCAUCACAUGGACCCUAGAAGGCACCUGCUCUGAGAAGAGCUGUUUCCUUACCUCCCACACACAUUGCUCUGCCUGCCUCUCUGAGCCUGGGAAGCUGCCCCAGGAGUACGUAUUCUCAAGCAAGCUUGUGGUGUUUUAAUGAGAUUUUUUUUCAGGGUUCAAAUGUUACUCUUUAUCAAUGCAGCAUUUUAAUGGAAGAUUCAAUAUGAAAGAUAGGCAUUCCUGGGCUCCAUAUUUGAUUUUGGAAGGUGGCACACUCUAGGAGGAAAAAAAAAAGCAUGGGGCAGAGGCUCUUAGAGACAAGGCCUGGCUUUGUCUCCAUCCUACCAUGUGACCAAGGGUGAGUCACAUUCCUGCUCAGUGCCUCAGUUUCCCAUCUGUAAAAUGGGUGGCUUUGAUUAAAUGAGCUCUGAAGUCUCACCCAUCCCUUACAUUCCAGGGCGUUCACUCCCCGUUGGCAUCCCUUCCCUUCUUUGUAUUCCUCCCCACUUCAUCUGAUCUGCAUGCAUCCAACUACACCUGCCCUUAUGGUGAUGUCCUCAGAUAACCUAGACAGCCACCAGACACGUCGCCAGAGCCUAGGAUGGGCCCCAUGGGCUUGGCCACCCAGGGAUGCUUUCAUACCUGAAGGUGAAGGACCUACCCAUUCUACAGCUUGCCAAUCAUGUGUCAGGGAAGCCUUCUCCUACAGACACACAUAACCAUCCAAGGUGUCUGUGUCACAGAGGAAUUCUGAGUUUGGAGUUUUCAUUUUUGACAAGAUCCUAAUAAGCUGGAGGGAGGCGGUUUCAAAUACAGAGGAUGGGCUGGAGGAGAAAGGUUUGGAGGUCUGCCCAGGAGGGGAUGAAGCUCCUAUUUGAGGGCAGCUGGGAAAUACAUUCAAAGCCCAAAAGAGCAUGCCUGUCCAAGGCUCUAUGUGGCAGUGGAUGUUAACACGUCCCACUCUGCAGCAUGUGUCCUGAAGACCAAGUCUGAACACUGAGGCUCCAUUCCCACUGGAUAAGGGGGAGGCAUCACCAUUGGGGCUGCAAGGAGGUGGGCACUCACCCCAUCCUAGUACCUUCUAGCCCCCUCCUCAUGACACUACUGACCUCCCGGUGAAGGCUUGGGAAGCAAGAAUGGAGAGUCCAAGUCGGUGUCAUCACACUCAUCUUGUAAAUCAGCCAACACAUUAACCUCCCAUCAUUCAGAGAGAUGACGUUGUGUGUUUCCUUACCACCUUCCUUCCCAAGGGAGAAGACCCUGCUCAGCUCUGCUACCCACCCUGCAGUGACCCCAGAAUGCCACUCCGCGGGAGAACUCACUCAUAUGCUUCGUAGUGGCAAAUACCCCUCUAGUUCUAUAACUCAACUAGACAUUUUGUAGUAAAUAAUUCUUGAAAUUCUCUAAUAAAAAGCAAUUCUUACUGUAAUAUUUUUAGUUUGGGGACACGAUUUCCUAAGGGGGGGAUUAAUGAACAUUUUUAUGCAUUAGCCCAAUUUAUGGAUUCCGUGUUUAUUAUACGGUAGUACUGAUGAAAAGUACCUUUCUAUCUGUACCCUUGCCCAGUUCUUUCAUGACUCAUAUGUAAGCUUUGUGAUGAGCAGUGCUCCAGUAACUGCUUCUUCUGUACAAAUCUCAUUGGUCUACUUACUCGUCGAAGCACAUUCUAUAUGUACUGUAAACAUAUAUCACUUUAGUAAGAUUUAGUCUUAAGGAUUUUUCCACUUUUGUCAGUAACAGAUAUUUAUGGAUUAAAAAAAAUAAAGCUGUUUCAACAUAA